AUGCCUGGUGCAGCGUCCAUAGUCGCGGCCCUGGCGGCCUUAUUGCCGACUACUUUAGGACAAGCAAACCAAAGCUUCGUCGACUACAACAUCGAAGCUAAUCCCGACCUCUUCCCCGAAUGCCUAGAGACGGGGGGCACUUCCUUCCCAGACUGCGAGAGAGGCCCAUUGAGCCAGACUAUCGUUUGCGAUUCGUCUGUAAAGCCCCAUGAUCGAGCCGCUGCUCUUGUCUCUCUUCUGACCUUCGAUGAACUCGUGAAUAAUACUGGAAACACUGGCCAUGGAGCCCCCAGGAUCGGGCUGCCCAAAUACCAAGUUUGGAACGAAGCUCUUCACGGGGUUGCUCACGCCAAUUUCAGCGAGGCCGACGACUUCAGCUGGGCUACAUCCUUCCCCCAGCCAAUUCUGACGAUGGCAGCUCUUAAUCGCACCUUGAUCCAUGAGAUCGCGAGCAUUAUCUCAACGCAAGGUCGUGCCUUCAUGAACGCCGGUCGCUAUGGAUUGGAUGUUUACUCCCCCAACAUCAACACCUUUCGACACCCGGUCUGGGGUCGUGGCCAGGAAACACCAGGCGAGGACGCCUACUGCCUCGCCUCAACCUACGCGUACGAGUAUAUCACUGGUAUCCAGGGUGGCGUCGAUGCCAACCCACUCAAACUCAUCGCAACUGCAAAGCAUUACGCCGGAUACGACAUCGAGAAUUGGGGCAAUCACUCGCGUCUCGGUAACGACAUGCAAAUCACCCAGCAAGACCUCUCCGAAUACUACACGCCGCAGUUCCUCGUCGCCGCCCGAGACGCCAAAGUCCACAGCGUGAUGUGCUCUUACAACUCUGUCAACGGCGUCCCUAGCUGCUCGAACUCCUUCUUCCUGCAAACGCUCCUCCGCGAUAUCUUCGGCUUCGUCCAAGAUGGCUACGUCUCCGGCGACUGCGGCGCCGUGUACAACGUCUUCAACCCACACAGCUACGCAGCAAACGAAUCAUUCGCAGCCGCCGACUCAAUCCGAGCCGGCACCGACAUCGACUGCGGCGUCUCCUACCCACGACACUUCCAGGAAUCAUUCGAAGAACAUGGCCUCUCCCGCCAGGAAAUCGAACGAGGCGUAAUCCGCCUGUACACCAACCUCAUCCGCGCAGGCUACUUCGACAACAAAAUCAGCCCCUACCGCAACCUCACCUGGACGGACGUCCUCUCCACCAACGCCCAAAACCUGUCCUACGAAGCAGCCGCCCAAAGCAUCGUUCUGCUCAAAAACGACGGCACCCUCCCCCUCUCCAGCCCAGCAAACCAAUCCAUCGCCCUAAUCGGCCCCUGGGCCAACGCAACCACCCAAAUGCUAGGCAACUACUUCGGCCCAACCCCCUACCUGACCAGCCUGCUCUCCGCUCUCCAGUCCUCCCCUUACAAAGUCACCUACGCCCUAGGCACAAACACAACCACCGACCCAUCCCCCACCUCCCAAUCCUCCGCUUUAGCCGCCGCCAAAGAAGCAGACCUAAUAAUCUUCGCCGGCGGCGUAGACAACACCCUCGAAACAGAAAGCCAAGACCGCACCUCCAUCGCCUGGCCCCCCAACCAGCUCGCCCUAAUCACAAAACUAAGCAAACUAGGCAAACCACUCAUCGUCCUCCAAAUGGGCGGCGGCCAGGUCGACUCCUCCGCUCUGAAGUCUAACCCUGAUGUCAACGCCCUCCUCUGGGGCGGAUACCCAGGUCAAGAUGGCGGACAGGCCCUCCUGGAUAUUAUCACGGGUGAACGCGCCCCCGCCGGCCGGCUGGUUACGACGCAGUAUCCUGCCGAAUAUGCGAAGGUGUUUCCGGCGAUCGAUAUGGGGUUAAGGCCGAAUGGGUCAAAUCCGGGACAGACGUAUAUGUGGUAUACGGGGAGGCCGGUGUAUGCGUUUGGGCAUGGGCUGUUUUAUACAAAUUUUAAUACGACUGGUGCUCGUGCGAGGGCGGACAGGACGUCGUUUAAUAUUGGGGAGGUGUUGGGGGAGCCGCAUCCCGGGUAUAAGUUGGCUGAGCAGAGGCCGUUGUUUAAUUUUACGGUUGAGGUGAGGAAUACGGGGCACAGGGUGUCGGAUUAUACGGCGAUGGCGUUUGUGAAUACGACUGCUGGGCCGGCGCCGUAUCCGAAUAAGUGGCUUGUUGGGUUUGAUCGGUUGGGGGCUGUGGAGCCGGGAUCGUCGAGGAUGUUGUCGAUUCCUGUGAGUAUUGAUAGUCUCGCACGGACUGAUGAGUUGGGGAAUCGGGUUUUGUAUCCUGGUCGGUAUGAAGUGGCGUUGAAUAAUGAGAGGGAGGUGGUUUGGGCGUUUACUCUCACUGGGGAGGAAGCGGUGCUUCUCAAGUGGCCGGCUGAGAAGCAGUUGGUUGCUCCGGUGUAG